UGCGCUUUCUUUCUACGCGUUUAUAAGAUCAUCGUCUCCACACUGAUCUCGUGUCUUUUCCACAUUGUUUCUUUCUGAACUUCAUAAGCCAUCGAUGGACUAAACGAGGGGAUGAAGAUGAAUCCGAGCCUCAAAGAAGACAGAAGAAGAGGAUCAAACGAUCAAGGAGUUAUGUUUCAAACAGUCAUCUAUAAAGGUCUUCAUUAGCAUUUGUCAAGAGGGCAUUUACAUAAGGGGCAUAUUUAGACUGGUGUCUCAGAGCAGAGCCAGUCACAUCCAGCACGCUGGGAGCACCCCAGAGGAGCCGCAUAUAAGCUUGUGUGUGUUUUGGAGUGCGUAAGACAGAGUGUCUUGGAUACAGAGGGGACCGGAGCAGAGGGGAGUAGCCUGGAAGGUCGAGAGAGAGAGAGAGAGAGAGAGAGAGAGAGAGAGAGAGAGAGAGAGAGAGAGAGAGAGAGAGAGAGAGAGAGAGAAUCGGAUGUAAACACGAACUGACUGGAAAGCCGCAACCAGUUACUGCGCAAAACACUAGGGAAAGCGAAACCACAGGGAUCCUCCACACGGUAACUUUUCUUUCAGCUGGUGUUUUUGAGUGGCGGUAAUGGGUGCAGUCGGUGAGGUGGUCGGAAGCUUCUCUCACGGCUUGGAGAGCUUUGCACAUGGGUCUCAUUUCGUCCUCACGCCCCCCGGGGACUCCGGCGCGCUGAUGAACGAGCACCUCGUCUCCGCCGAGCGCCUGUCACGCAGCACUUCACCGGACCUGACGCAUCUCAAAGGGAUCCUCCGCCGACGGCAGCUCUACUGCAGGACCGGCUACCACCUUGAAAUAUUACCGGACGGUGUGGUGCAAGGCACGAGAAAAGACCACAGCCGAUUUGGUAUAUUGGAAUUCAUUAGCCUCGCUGUGGGGAUGGUGAGCAUCCGUGGAGUGGAUAGCGGAUUAUAUCUGGGAAUGAACAGCAAGGGCGUACUGUAUGGAUCUGAAAAACUGACUGCAGAGUGUGUGUUUAGGGAGCAGUUUGAGGAAAACUGGUACAACACCUACUCCUCUAACCUCUACCGGCAUGGCGAUCGAGGAUCUCACUAUUACGUAGCCCUCAACAAAGACGGAACAUCUCGUGAUGGAGCUCGAUCUCGGAGGCACCAGCGCUUCACACAUUUCUUGCCACGGCCUGUUGACCCAGAGCGUAUUCCUGAGCUUUACAAGGAGAUACUGGGUCACAGCUGAAACAACUGGACCUCAAACUCGAAACCGAUUAAAAGCACCUGCAUGCUCUUAUUCCCCCCUGAGUCUGCUGAGAUAUUUGCAGCCAGCAGGGCAGACCUGUCUCAGCAAGACAGCAGAGAAGCCGGGGGAAAAGGUCCUCUGCUGGAGCCAAGGUUGGAGCACUUGCAGGAGAUGGGAAGCCAUUUAAUGGAGUGUUUGAGGCAUCAGGAAAAAAUGUCUGGACACUGGAUUGUUCCUGAAGAGUUUGACACUGUUUUGGAUCCAUUUACCUUCUAGGGGGAUUAGGAGAGAGUGAGAUUUCCACUGGCGGGCUGCUUGCCAGAGAAUGAUGGACAACUACUUUACUACUGAAAAUUCUAGAAGGCUUCUGAAGGAAUUCUGCAUUAUGCUUUUGAGAUAUCUUACACUCCCAAACACUGGCAUGAACAAACAGGAGACAUAAACCUCCUACAAAACAUUUCUUUUUAGGUCCUUUAAUUUAUGUUUUUUAAAGAUAAUUUAUUUUAGAUAUUUAUUUAUUUUCAAAGUAUAUUUUUUACAAGAAUAUAUGCAAGAUGUAACAGGAUGUCACGAGAGCUAUA